CCCCACGCUCCUCUCUCUCCACUCCAGCUCCUCCACGCACGCACGGACGCACACGCUGCCAUCGCUUCGUUGUUUGACCGUCUGUCGAUCAGUGCGCUCCGUUUGUCCACCGCUGCAGACUAUUCCCGGCCCAGACCCGCGAAACCAGACCAAGAACCGAACCCUCGCACCGGACCAGCUCCUCGUGCACCAAAGAACCGGUUUGCAACUUCUCGUACCACGCGCCCGAACGAUCAGAGCCAUGGGAAAGGGCUGCCUCGCUGCCACCAAGUACUUCCUGUUCCUCUUCAACCUCAUCUUCUUUCUGCUGGGAGGUGUGAUCUUGGGCUUUGGACUGUGGCUCCUGUUGGACAAUCCUGUGGGCUUCAAUGACUCCACGGCGGUGAAAGUGGCCUGCUACAUCCUGAUCGGAGUCGGGGGAUUCUCGAUGCUCAUGGGGUUCGUGGGAUGUUUGGGAGCCAUCUACGAAGUCCGCUGUCUGCUCGGCCUGUAUUUCACCUGCCUCCUGCUGAUCCUCAUCGCUCAGAUCGCGGCCGGAGCUCUCAUCUACUUCCAGAAAGACGUGCUGAACGAAGAAAUGUCAAAGAUCGUGACCAAAGUCUUGGAGAGUUACCCUGGCAACAGCAGCACGACGGAGCAGGCCUGGGACACCGUCCAGAGAACCAUGAAGUGCUGUGGCUGGUCGGGGCAUCAGGACUGGUUUGGGAACCCGGUGAUCAUGAACAGUUCUCAGCUGAUGUUCCCCUGCUCCUGUCAGAACAUCACCCUGUCGCCCACCAACUCCUCCGACCAGGGCUUCUGCGAGACCACCUCCGACUGGCCCGUCUACGAAGUCGGCUGCUCUGAGAGUCUGGAGUCUUUGCUCAGGACUCACAUUUGGGUGGUUCUGGGCGUGUGUCUCGGCGUCGCCUUCAUCGAGCUGCUGGGGAUGAUCCUGUCCAUCUGCCUAUGCAAGAGCGUCGGCGUCGUGGACUACACCAAAGUGCCCAAGUACUGAGUCCGGACCAGACCAGACCAGGAUCAAGUACCAAGGACCCAAGACCAAGGACUUAGACCGAGGACUCGACCCGGGACCAGGACGGACCUUCCCCGUGUAAAAUAAUGCGUCUUUAUAUAUUUUCCUCUGAUUGGUUUGACCCGUUUGGAGCACUUUAGAGAGCGAGAGGAGGUACUGUGGAUCCGAGCCAUGCCGAAUAUGUGAAAGGUACUCUGUUGCUAUGGUUACGAUGGUGCGAUAGGGCCAUAUAUGGAAGCUAAAGACGCACUGUGUAACUUUUCUAAUAGUGGACACGCCAGUUUCUCAUCUCCUUGUAGCGUUUAUAUAUACUGGUUUUCCUGAAAUGUCCCACAGUAUGGCAUUAAACUUCGUCAAGUCACUAUAGCAACAAGCAGGAGACGCCGCUAGGCCGAUUUACUAGUCAGAUCUGCGGAGAGGCGAGCCCGAUUACAGUGAGAAGGUACAUUUGAACAAUAGAAACGCCUUCAAUCGAAUCGACGGAUUUUGGAUAAGUUUUAACGUUUAACUUCACACUGUGGAACAUUCCAGGCUAAGCAGUAACAUCUCCAUGGUAACGGAUCCCCCCUCGCACCGUCGGGAAAAGUUACGUAGUGCGUCUUUAACCCUACGACAAUGAGACGAUGAGACGAAAUGUGCAUCGGUCAGUGUGUUGUUUAAAUUGAAUUAAAUGUAGGAGAGUUACCCUUACAACUGAUAAUUAAAGGUGCACUGCGUAACAUUUCUAGGAGAAUGUUCCACAGUAUAGAUUAAAUUUAAAUUUAACGCAAGGGCAGGGUCAGAUCUGUGGAGAGGAGACCCAAUUCACAGAAGGAAUUAUCUUAUUUUUGUACAAAAUCUUAUUUUUGAGCGAUCCGUAAUGAAUAAAUGAUACUGAAUAGGAUAAUGAAUAUGUUUAAUGUCAUACUGUGGAACAUUCCAGGCAAAGCGACAUCUCCAUGGAGAUGAGCAGACAAAACAGUGGACCCGUCACCAGAAAAGUCGCGCAGUGCACCUUUUAAGUAAAUCAUUUCCAAUAAUUUUCCACAUAGACCGUCCAGUAUAUUCUGUUUACAUGGACGCCAAAAAUGGGAUUAUUGUCGAAUUUCUGAAAUUAAACUGAUUAUUUAAACAUCACGGAAACUGACACUUUGUUUUUUUAUUGUUCAUACCUGUGCGGGUUUUGACAAAGAAAAGAUAUGCAAAAAAAAGGGCAAAAUUAUGACAAAAGUUAUACAAAAAAUUACACCAGAUUUUUUUUUUUUUUUUUUAUGUUUUAAACAUGAAAAACAGUCUGCAGUGAUCCAAAGUUAUAAGUUUAUAGUUUAAGUUUAUAAGCGCUUUUUAAAACUCUUGAGACCAGAGCUGAGUUUUGUCAUCAUAGUAAGCUAACAACAACUAGCAAGCUAACACCACACUUCCUGAUCCUCAAAAAAACUAUAAUUAAAAACAAACCGAACACAGCAGACUUAUUUUGACCUCAAGAAAGAUCUGCUCAUACAAUAUAUCUGUAAUGGAGCGAAUUACUCACUAGGAUGAGUUUCUAAACACUUUUCACAGCUUCCAAAGACCAGAGUCUAGCAUGCUAACAGCACACUCCCUGCUCAAAAAGUAAAACACUUAAUAAUUAGAUGCAGACAGGUCAUAGCUGCUCGUACAAUAUAUCUGUAAUGAAGCUAAUAAUUCACCACAAUGAGUUUCUAAGCUUUUCUUUUCACAACUUUCAGAGACCAGAGCGGAGUUUUGUUGUCACGGGAAAGCUUACAACAACUAGCAUCCUGACACCGCACUUCCUGAUCCUCAAAAUAAAAGAACAAAUGCAGACAGGACACAGCUGACUUAUUUUGAUCUUAAGAUCUGCUUGUAAAAAAUAUCUGCAAUGGGGCCAAUUACUCACCACAAUGAGUGUCUAAGCGCUUUUUACAACUUUCGGAGACCAGAGCGGAGUUUUGCCUAGCAUGCUAACAGUGCACUUCCUGAUUCCCUAAUAAAACUCUUUAUAAUUAGAUGCAGACAGGACACAGCAGCUCAUACAAUAUAUUUAUAAUGACGAGUUUAUAAGCGCUUUUAGCAAAUUUCAGAGACCAGAGCAGAGUUUUGUCAUCAAGGUAAAGCUAACAACUAGCAUGCUAACAGCGCACUCCCUGAUCCUCAAAUAAAACACUCAAUAAUUAGAUACAGACAGGACACAAAAGCUUGUACAAGAUAUCUGUAAUGGAGCUAAAAACUCUCCACGAUGAGUUUCUAAGCGCAACUUUCAGCGACCAGAGCAGAGUUUUGCUGUCGAAGUAAAGCUAACAACAACUAGCAUGCUAACAGCGCACUCACUGAUCUUCAAAUAAAACACUUAUUAGAUGCAGACAGGACACAGCUGCUCAUAGAAUAUAUCUGUAAUGGAGCAAAUUACUCACCAGGACGAGUUUAUAAGCGCUUUUCACAACUUUCAGAGUCCAGAGCGGAGUUUUGUCGCCGAGGUAAAGCUGAUGACAACUAGCAUGCUGACUGCACACUUCCUGAUCCUCAAGUAAUCCACAAUAAGUAGACGCUGACAGGACGUAGCUGCUCAUACAAAACAUCCGUAAUGGUUCUAAUUACUCACCGCGAUGAAUUUCUAAGCGCUUUUCACUUUUUCAAUUUUCAGAGACCAGAGCUGAGUUUUGCCUAACAUGCUAACAGUGCACUUCCUGAUUCUCAAAUAAAACACUUAAUAAUUAGAUGCAGACAGGACACAGAAACUUGUACAAUAUAUCUGUAAUGGAGCUAAUUACUCUCCACGAUGAGUUUCUAAGCACAACUUUCAGCGACCAGAGCGGAGUUUUUCCGUUGCGGUAAAUCUAAUGUCAACUAGCAUGCUGACGGCGCACUCCCUGAUCCUCAAAACACUUAAUAAUUAGAUGCAGACAGGACACAGCAGCUCAUACAAUAAACUCAUACAAGUUUCUAAGUGCUUUUCACAACUUUCAGACUCCAGAGCGGAGUUUUACUGCAGCUGUAAAGCUUACAACUAGCAUCCUGAUGGCGCACUUCCUGAUUCUCAAAUAAAACUCUUUAUAUAGAUGCACUCAGGACAUGACUGCUUAUACAAAAUAUUUGUAACGAGGCUAAUUACUCACCACGAAGAGUUUAUAAGUGCUUUUCACAACUUUCAGCGACCAGAACGGAGUUUUGUUGUUACGGGAAAGCUUACAACAACUAGCAUGCUGACAGCGCACUUCCUGAUUCUCAAAUAAAACACUUUUUCCCACAAUAAUUAGACGCAGACAGGACACAGCAGACUUAUUUUGACCUUUAUAUAAUGAAUCUGUCCUGGAGAAAGUCAUUUUGGUCAAAUACGCAAAAAAAAAAAAUCAGGUACAGAAACUUUUAAAACGUAAAUAUAAAAAUACACCAAAUAUUUAUUCAAACUUUACUUUUCAUUAUGGCCCUAAAACACCAUCGUGAAGUUUUUGGUUGAGACGGGUAACACGGUUGGUGCUCAAAUGGUACGAUUCCGGACGAUAACGACGUGUACGUAGUGAAUUGGACUGGCAGAACUGGAAAAAAGAAAAUCCUUUGUUUUUGUUUUUGUUUUUUUUUUACUUUUGUAAACCGGUGAGUUCCUGUGAAAAGUUUUAGUGUUUUGUACAUAAUUUUAGUUUUUUGUGUGAAAUUUUUCCACCUUAAGGUCAGUGUUUACGUCGUCUGUACUUUUUAAAACCACUCGCUUCCUUUCAUUCCUUUUAUUUUUCUGGUAAUGUUUUAGUUUUAACAAUGCACUAAAUAGAAACGUGGACCUUGAUUCAUUGGUUCAUUUCCGAGCCUUUGUCAAUUUGAUUUUUUAAAAAGGGAAAUUAAGUGUUUUUAGGUUUGAUUAAAGGUGCAACGUGGAACUUUUCAUGUUUUUCUCUAUAGAUAUUAUUGCUUCACCUGAAAUGUCCCAGUGAACUUCUCGAUCUCAAGUAGAAGAGACCACCAGGUUAAGGUCAGAUCUGUACAGAGGCGAGCCCACACACAAAAAGAAAGCGUGUUUUUAAAGGUAAAAAACGGCAACUUUAAUGGGAUAAAUGCAAGACAGAAUCAUUUAAAGCCAUACUUCGAAACAUUACAGCUAAAGCAAUCAGUAAAACUAAGAAAUUAUCAUACUGAAUUAUCAUUCCCUAUGGUUACAGGUCAGAUUUGUGGAGAGGCAAGCCCGCAACAGUACGCAAAAAGCAAUAAAAACAACUACCGUAUUUUUCGGACUAUAAGUCGCACCAGCUAAAAAUGUUUAAUGAAGAAGAAAAAAAAACAUAAGUUGCAAUUGUUGGGGAAAUUUAUAAAAUCAGAGACCAGGAACUGACAUUUCCUGUUAAAAGUCAAGUUCUAAUAAAAACAACAGACAGUUAACGUCACAUAUGAACAGUUCUUCAGAUAAACUAUAACAUAAACAACAAAACAACAAGUUUAACAAACUCCAUCUCACUCCAAAUCACUAAAUCCAUUCAAUUCUUCAUCCUCGGUGUCGCUUCUGAACAACUCCUCGACGUCCGGAGGUAAACAGAGCGCCGCUUCCUCUUCUGUGUCGCUGUCAUCAGACUCAGCAUCAGUUCCAGUUAGAAUUAUUCUGGUCUUUCUGAAUCCCGACAGGAUGGUUUCAGUGUCUCUGAAGUCCAGGCUUUGUCCGUCCAUCCAGUGACUUCAAGAAAGUUUCAUGGUGCAUCCUCCCGGUGUCACAAGUUUCUCUCUCACUCCAAACUUUCUUUCUGUUGCUGCAGAUUUCACGACUUGCAGCUUGUACCAUAUUUUCCAGGCUAUUAGACGCGCUCUUAAGCCUCUACCCCCAUAAAAAAAACAACCGCGCACCACAAUCCAGAGCGCCCUAUACACGAAUCCACUCGGGUGUCCCAGCACGCACCACCCGCAGAACACACAAACACACACGGAGCAGACAGCGACCGCACAGCGAGAAACACCCACAACCCACGCCGACGAGGAACGGAACGGAGGAACGAAACCGAAAAAGCGAGCACAACUGAACAACUGAGUCACUGCGAACACGCCGACAAUCCGUUGGUCCCAGACAGCACCCUCCCUACACGCCACAACUGAACAAAGCCCAGAGUCACCGUGAACGCCACAAACAAAGAAAACCACUCACCCAUCACACUGUUGUGUUUCAUUUAAAGUCCCACACGGUUUAUAUAUGAAAAAAGUUAGAAAAUAGACCAUUUAAUGACGUUUUAUAUUCCAGACCAUCUAAUAGUGCAGAAAAUACGGUAAUCUGCAAAAUCUGAUUUUCUUUUUGGGGGCAUUUGUGUUCAGUCUUCUCAGUCAUCUUUAUAAGUUUGUUUAAAUUAGAAGUAACAGUGCGAUCGACUGACAUGACACAGACAGGACAGAGGCUCUUUCUGCAGGAGACAUGCGCAGUAGAGCAAAGUGAAAGUGGUACAGGAGGAACAGGAGCAGCAGAUACUCACACACAAGACUAGAACCUCUCCACACUUCACUUUCAACAUUUUAAUAUAUAAAUCACAGAAAACGCCCAAACCAUGAAAAAAAAGUGCCACUUAUAGUCCAAGAAAUACGGUAAUAAAUGCAAGCCUGAUGCGUUUAAUGUCAUACUUGGGAGCAUUCCGGUUGAAGCAACCCACAGAGACGAGAAAUUCACACACCAGCCGUCAGAAAAGUUCCACAGUGCACCUUUUAAAGACUAGAUAGAGGAGUGAAGACUUAAAUCCAUCUGUAUAUUUUAACCAGAGCUGAUGAGCCAUACUUUUUAAUUGUACAAAGGCCUGUAUAGUGUGAAUGACGCCUUCCUUUAAAUUUAACUUUUUUUUUUCUGUUUUAAAAUAAUGGAUUCUGAAGCUGGAGUUUGAGCGUGUACUCACAAAAUUCUGUUACAAUUUGACAAUAAACCAAUCUGUUUGAAA